UUAUGCUAUGUUGUGGUCUGAGGAUCAGCUCGUGCAUGAAAAUUCACUCGGAAGACAAAAAAGUAAAUCAACGUUCAGUCUUGGCCAGUCCGUCGACCAUUUAUGACGUGUUUCUUUCAAUAGAUGCGCACCUCGCGUACUUAGCCGGCAUUUUCCGACCCGAACCAUUCUGCAUACAAGUGUGUGAAGUCUCGACAAGCUCUUCUCCUAGCUGCUUGUGCGUACAUAUGAAGAGAGGUGAAAUCCAAGGGAUGACGAUAAUUGUCUAACCUGUUCUAAUCGAGUAGUGUGGUAUUUUUGUGGGAAAGUUCAAACAAUCUAAGUGGCUUGAAUCUUUCAUAUUUUGAGUGUGCACCAUCUCCACGUUCUGUACGAGAAUAAUCAUUGUGUCAGAAGAAUCCGAUAGUGUUUAUCUGCAAUUAAAAAUUCGAUUUCGCAUACUGAACAUCGUGUGUGCUUUAAAACCUGUUCUAUUGAAGUUUGUAUAACGGACCAGUCAUUUUAAAGGAUUUGAACAAAAUGUUACUGCGAAAUGGCAUAUGCUUAAUUUUGCUGCUAAUGUGUGUGCUUUCGACGCUGCAAGCUGCGCCUAAUGGUCACCAGAGCGACAGCAGUGCCGAGCUGGUGACGAUGAAAGGAAAUGAGAACGAAACAGUCAAAACGGCUAAAUCAUUAACGGCCGUCAGUAGGACCAAGAAAUCCAACCUCAAGUCGACACCAAUUACCUACAUUACUACGCUAGCUGACGCAGCCCAUCAGCACCACGUAAAACUGGCACCGAAGAAGUACAACAAACCGAUGGCGAAAGCUCGUGAUGACAAAGAGCUGCAGCAGCACAAGAAAGUCAAAGGCAAGCAUCAUCACUCGGAAAAGUCCGCCGGAAAGUCUCUGGCGGUGAUGCCGAAAAAGGAAUCUUUGAAUAAUCCAGCACUGCUCAGCAAAUUGGGUCUCGGUAAGCUGCACGUCUCCUCUAGCCACCACAAGAAGCGAUUAGCGGUUGAGUCCCGCCACCACGGUCGACCCGAUGACUCACAUAUGUUCGUGAUCAAGCUGCCACCGAAUCCCUACUACUACACCAACAAUGGACCGGUUCCGGCGCCGAACGCGAUCGAGGAUGUAGGCAAAAAGGUACGUACAUCCGAACCUCUUGAAUGCGCACCUACAUAGGUAUAGCAUAAAGGGA